AAAUUUUUCUGUUUACUAGUUUUACAUAGAAAGUUAUAUUUCUGAUAAACGAAUACUAUUCAAAUAAGACGGAAAUAUGCGAUAUCAAAUAAUUUUUGUUGGUUUAAUAUUUAUAAUCUUCGUGCCAUAUCAAUUUGAAGCCAGUAAUAAAUGUUUUACGGCAAAAACUUGCUUACAUAAUGCAAAAGAAAUUUGUGGUGAAGAUCAAAAUCAACAUGCACGUCGAUUUUUUGAUACAUGUGAUAUGAAGGAAUAUAAUUGCUUAAAAGGAACAAAUUAUGUUAAAGUAUCACUCGCACACUGUCGAAAUCUACCCCCUAUUGAAGAAAAAUCAACAAAAAAUGAUUUAGAAAAGAAUGAAGAAAAGUCCAAAGAGGUGCAAGAUGCAGAAAAAUCAUUGGAAAAGAAUGAAGAAAACUCCAAAGUGGAGCAAGAUGCAGAAAAAUCAUUGGAAAAGAAUGAAGAAAACUCCAAAGUGGAGCAAGAUGCAGAAAAAUCAUUGGAAAAGAAUGAAGAAAACUCUAAAGCGGAGCAAGAUGCAGAAAAAUCAUUGGAAAAGAAUGAAGAAAACUCUAAAGUGGAGCAAGAUGCAGAAAAAUCAUUGGAAAAGAAUGAAGAAAACUCUAAAGUGGAGCAAGAUGCAGAAAAAUCAUUGGAAAAGAAUGAAGAAAACUUCAAAGUGGAGCAAGAUGCAGAACCAGCUGUAGAUGAAGCUAAAGAUGUAGCAGAAGAUGAAAAAAAAGAUAAAUAAAAUUAGAAAAAUGAAGUCAAAAGUUAUUUUUAAAUAAAACGUAUUUCUUAAAUAAAAACUUACCUACGUUUAGCGUUACAUAAAACAUUAAAUAAUAAAGCUAAUGCUAUCAAGUGAUAACUGGUGGCACUUCAAUAGGCCUAAUGUGGUUGUGUAUUUGUAUUUAUUGUCAGAAUACGACAAUGUACCUAUUGUACUUUUUUGUGUUUGCUUAAUUUGCGGCACAAAUAUGGCAAAUAACGUUAAAAGAAAUUACCCCUUCCGAUCUAAAUUUUUCAAUAUCAAAACGUUUAUAAGGGUAAUGGUGGUUUGAAUGUCGGUGAAGUUGUUAUCGGAAUUUUGGAAUUAUAAUUAAAGUGGAUAUAAAUAG